CGACUGCAAUAAAGACGUGCUGGAACGCAGCCAGCAUGUGAGGUCUUUGUAGGCUACUCCAAAACGAUAGAUGGCGGUAAUGCACCAGUUGUUGGGCUGUCCAGUACAGUCACAAACCAAAGAAGAAAAAACCUACGUCACUUUUAUCAGACACAUAACACAGAAAUGGCUGAAAAGGGUGUUCAAGGAGUUGGAGAGGUCGCUUCUAAGGAGCAACUUACAGCCGCACAGAAACAACUUCUCAUGAAAAGACAAGAUCUCAACUAUUGGAAGAAGAACGCGCUAAAAAUACGUAGUCGCAACCGCAUAACUGGACUAGCUAUCGGGGCGUUUGUCAUCGGCAUGUGUAUCCUUUCAUCUAGGGUUUCAUACAUAACUCCAGUCGGACCAUUAAUACUGUUCCAGCUGGAUGAAAGGCGUUAUACUUUUAGGUAGUGUAAAGCGUAGCACAGAGAAUUUGACCAACAUUUACUUGACAAUACUUCCUCAAUUCCUAACUUGGAAGACAACGCUUGUCUUCUAAACUUCCAUGGCUAGUUGCUGGUGGUUUGUUUGAAUUUAGAAAAUGCUCUGUUAUUAUAUAAAAUAAAGUCAAUUUUUGUUCUCCAUGAAUUAACACAACAAUGUGUACACCGCCAUCUUGACUAUUUAAAAUCUUCUCAUUGAUGGUCUGCAAUCCGGGAUCCUUGGGACGUUCCCAUCCCCCAUUUAAGUUAAUGUAAAGAGUAGGGACGUCCUAAGGUUUGAGAAUAGCCUAACACUCAUUGAUAGAGACAGGUGAGUGUCAUCAGAGAGGAAGAGGUGAAGCAAGAUGGAUAACUGGGCCCAAAAUCUGUCUUCUCCAGCAGGUGGUGUUUUUCGUUUUUUAUCUGCUCACCAAAUGAGGAGUUUUUGUAUGGAGGUCAAUGAGUGUCGAAUUUGUAAAAAAUUUAAUGGCUUAUUUUCUACAUGUGGCUCAUCGAAUAGAAGUUUUGUAAAGCAUAGGUUGGUACGAGUGUACUGAUAUAAGGAGGACGUGACAUCCCGGCAACUUUGAGAAUAAACACUUUAUAUCGGAGUUGUUUCUGUUCACAUGCGUAUGCCCUCAAUGGCUAAAAUGGACCCACCUGAUUUGCCUACUCCUGACUGCCUUCAUUUUUUUAAGACAUUAAUUUUCAUUGUUAGAGCGGCCACUUAGAGUAUCUGGUCAAUAAAAUGGAUAAUCUGUGGUGUCAUUCAACGGGCCUUUCUGGGCGGACACCCAGCUGUCUUAAUCAAUGAGGGAAGAUUUGAACUAGACAAGAUGACAGUGUACACAUUGUUGGAUUACUUAAUGGAGCAAAACAUUUGAUUUAAUAACAGAGCAUUUUCUAAAUUCAAACGAACCACCUGCAACUAGCCAUGGGAGUUUAGAGGACAUGCAUUAUCUUCCAAGUCGGGAAUUGAGGAAGUAUCGGCAAAUAGGGCUUUACAUACGUAAAAAUGUAUGCACACAUGACUGUAAGUCGCUUUGGAUAAAAGCGUCUGCUAAGUGUCAUAUUAUAUUAUUAUUAUUAUGUACAUUUUUUUUUUUUUAAGUUAGGAUCCCAACAUAUAAAAUGUAGAAGCAGCAGAAUGUUUUUUUUUCUUUCUUUUUUCCCCCACCUUAUUUAACCAGGUAAGCCAGUUGAGAACAAGUUCUCAUUUACUACUAAGACCUGGCCAAGAUAAAGCAAAGCAGUGCGAUAAAAACAACACAGUUACACAUUGAUUGAGAUGUAGCCUAUAUUGGGCCUAUAUUUUUUAGCUACAUUUGAGCCCUAUAAACUGUAAAGACAUUUGUUUAUUAUAAAAAGAUAACAUGUUGAUUCAAAAACCUGUCAUUGAAAUUAGUCAUAAUUGUACACUGUCUCUUUAAGAGCGAAAUGGUUUAUGAAUGUAUAGCCAAUUCAUGAUAGGAAGCAAAAACAAUAUGUUUCUUAGAUAAUCACUAGCUAGCUGCUAACGUUAGCAUGUCAUGUCACCAAAUAGGUUCCUAGCUAGUUUGUGUGGUGUGUCAUUUCUCACUGCUCUAAAAGGAUCCACAGCACUCAAUAUGGCGCAAGUUACUCCUGCCCGUUUUGUGGCCUUAACCAUUUCUUGUCUUCAGUCAGCUACACUAUCCUCUCAGUGAAGCAGGAGAGGAUCAUGGAGGACAUUGAUAACGAGGCGAAGAUCAAUUACAUCAGAGGCCCCAGGACAGGGACCAAUUCCUAGGGAUGUUCCCAGCUCCCGUACUUGCACAGGAACAGUGGACGCUGAGCUCACACGGGACUGGACUGUCAAGCUAACAUACGCAACUGUGGCCAAAAGAUGGCGCCAGAUACACACUUGUUUUUGAAUGGCAGAGGCUCCCAUACAUUUUUGUUAUUUCAAUAUGCUUUGUAGAGAUGUAACCAUACACAUAUGCUCUAGACCUGGAUACCCUGCAAACUUUUUUCUGAAUAUAAUAUCACUUGCUGUAUAAUAAGAGGUUGUUUAAUAAUAUUACAUGGUUUGUGUAUUGUGCAACUACUUGGCCUCGUAAUAAAGAGGAAAGCUUACGUGUUAGGUGGGCUAUUCCAUGGCAUUCGGAUGUUGUUAUAGAAUGAAAUGGAACGUAAUGCUGCAAUUAGAUGAUUACUGUGUAAUAAAUUGUUUAUUUACUUGACGGUGUAUCAGUUUUGAGUUUUCAAAGUCAAUUCGUGAUGAUUUUGGACAUCAACCUACAGGGAAAGAAAACUCAAGAAAACAGUGCAUGAUGUUGAAGUCAUUUAUUAGCAAUAUUUACAAAUAUGAUUUAGGAAACAAUCACGCUUGGAAGGUUAAAAAAAAUGGUAAAGGCACAGAAUCUGCAUGGCAGUAUGUUUUCUAGCAACAUGAUUGACAACAAAAUAGAGCUCAUGACAUUAUCUAAAUAUAUAUUGUAUAUUUACUGUUGAUGUCUUGAUUUAGAAUAAUACAAUCUGAGUAAUAUAUUUAAUGUGUUCUACAAUCGUUCCCCAUGUGCAUACUUGAAGGCAAAUAGCUCAGAAUUCUCCACAGCUUCAGUUCUUUGUCAUUAAUCAAAUAAUUACCAACUCUAAAUGCAUAGGCACGCAUACUGAUUUAAAAUAUAUUAGGGUCAUAACUAUACAUCUUUACCCCGCUAUUAUUUAUAGGGACGCAAUUGUUCAAUACUAAUAGUGAACGACCCUAUGGAAAGUGCAUUGUAUCAAUCCAUAUAUUAAGAAGAUAAAAUACGUUUUUAAAGCAUCCACUGUAUGCUUUAAAAAAUAAAGGCUGAUAAGUGACACCCAGUACCUCUAUUACUAGGCCAUAGAGAGUGAGUAACAAAUGAACAACGUUUAGUAUAUUAUAAGACCUGGAGUGUUUGUAUACUGAACAAAAAUAUAAA